AUGUCAGAACUGAUGAAGAAUCCAAGCAUGAUGGAAAAAGCACAAACUGAAGUUAGAGAAGCCUUCAAUGGAAAGACAACAAUUGAUCAAAUUGAUCUUAAAAAACGUAUUGUGAAUAUGUGGGCACUAGGGAGGGCUUCAGAAUAUUGGGAAGAAGCUGAGAAAUUUGAGCCAGAGAGAUUCAAUGAAAGUCCACUUGAUGUUAGUGGAAAUCAUUUUCAAUUCAUACCAUUUAGAGCUGGUAGAAGAAUUUGUCCAGACAUAAAUUUUAGUAUGGCAAGUAUGGAGUUAUAUCUAGCUCAGUUACUUUGCCAUUUUGAUUGGAAACUUGUGAAUGGAGUUGCUUCUCAACAACUCGAUAUGCCUGCCAUCUUUGGUAAUGUUGCAGAAGGGAAAAACAGUUUGUACUUGCUUGCUUCUCCAUUUGGUAAACAAGACGCACGUUGA